AUGAAGAUCACGUUCAAGACUCUGCAACAAAAGCAGUUUCAAAUCGAUGCGGAGCCCUCCGAUACGGUCCUGCAAUUGAAAGAGAAAAUCAAAGAUGCUCAAGGCCACCAAGUCGAACAACAGAAGCUGAUCUAUUCCGGUAAGAUCUUGAGCGACGAUAAAUCAGUCGAAUCGCUGGGCAUUAAGGAGAAAGAUUUCUUGGUGGUCAUGGUUUCGAAACCCAAAGCCACUCCGGCAGCUUCGACCAGCGCCGCCCCGGCUGCGGCCCCAGUGGCUGCCCCUGUGCCCUCGACCCCGGCAGCUUCAACCCCCGCACCAGCUCCUGUUCCAGCACCCGCCGCACCAUCUGGAGAUGUUACUAUGACUCCGGCUACUGAAUCACCUGCCCCCGCUACAUCAACUCCUGCCCCUGCUCCUGCUGCACAAGAGCCACAGGGAGCCUUUGGGGAUACUAGCUCGUUCGUUGCAGGUGGUGCUCUCAAUUCUGCUAUCGAAAACAUGAUGGGCAUGGGCUUUGAACGAGAACAAAUUAUGCGUGCAUUGAGAGCAAGCUUCAACAACCCUGACCGGGCAGUUGAAUAUCUUCUCACCGGCAUUCCCGAACAUUUAUUGGCUGAAACCGCACCACCUGCAUCCGGCGGCCCAGCAGCCACACCAGCUGCAUCCAACCCGGCUCCUGCUGCUCCUACCACCCCAGCCGCCGCACCUGCCGCGCGUCCUACUACAACUUCUGGGACAGGAGGUGGAGCAUCCGGCCCACUGAACCUGUUCGCUCAGGCGGCUGCCCAAUCUGGUGGUAACCCAUCUACUGGGGCUGGUGCAGAUGCUGGGGAGGGCGCGGGCGGUGGCGCAGGUAUCAACCCUGCAGCACUGGAGAGUCUGCAAAAUAGCCCGAUGUUCCAGAACACUUUGGGUGCCAUUCGUGAAAACCCAGCUCUCCUCCAGCCUUUGAUCCAGCAACUUGCCCAAUCUAACCCUGCGAUUGCCCAACAGCUUACGUCAAACCCCGAACUCCUCUACCAAAUCUUAGGAGGACUUGGUGGAGACGACCAGGACGACGAUGGCGAUGGUGAAGGCGGAGGAAUUCCCCCGGGUGCCCAUGUUAUCAAUAUUACGCAGGAAGAGGCCGAGGCAAUCGCAAGGCUCGAGGCUCUCGGUUUCCCUCGCCAGUUAGCGAUAGAGGCUUAUUUCACUUGCGACAAGAACGAGGAGUUGGCAGCAAAUUACUUGUUUGAGAAUGGCUUUAAUUAA